UAAAUACUAUAAAUAAAUAUCCGUUGGUAACUUUUACUGAAUUAGUUUGAACAAAAUGGCCGCGCUCGCGAAGUGUCUAAUCGUCCUGUGCGCUGCUGUUGCAGCCUCCGGAUUUGGCCUGGGUGAUAUGGAUGUUAUAUUCCACUUGUUCCACAGCGGGAGCCCGGACGUAAGCGAGCCUCUGCUGCCCACCGCAAAUUCAAUCAUGCAAUCUUCAUUCUCUCCCUUCCGCCCCACUGUAAUAACUAUCCAUAACAGUGGUGAAGCCGUCACAGGAAACUUCAAUGCAUUUACUAUUCCUGCACACUUGGCUGCUCAAGACGUCAACUUGAUUGCUGUCGACUGGAGUGCCGGCUCUUCAAUGUACUCGCAGGGUCUCGCUAACGCUGUGCAAUGUGGACAGCGCAUCGCGUCAUUCAUCAACCUUUUGGCCAAUAUCGCCGCAUACGGUCCAGAAAACUAUCGUAUUGUAGGUGUCGGUCUUGGUGGACAUAUUGCCGGUAUUGCUGCUUCACACGUCACCAGCGGUGCGAUCGGUCAUAUUGUUGCUAUCGAUCCUUCCUACUUCGGAUGGACUCACAACCCUAACAUUCUGAGCGCCGACAAAGCUACUGUAGUAGAGGUUCUCCACGCUACCGCUGGUGUCCUCGGCUACGACUACCCCUUGGGAGACCUUGACUUUUACCCCAACGGUGGUACCUAUCAAACUGGUUGCGGUGCUGAUAUCUCUUGCUCCCAUAUUUUGAGUUACGCCUUCUAUGCUGAGUCUCUAACUGCUGUGGGUGGUAGCCAAUUUGUUGCUACAGCUUGUGACAGUUACGAGGAAGCUAUUUCUCAAACAUGCUCUGGGGACAAGGGAGUAGUCUUCGGUGGCAUCGGAGAUAAGAGCGGUCAAUCCGGUAUCUAUUCGUUCCAGACUAACUUCGUGCCUCCGUUCGCUCAGGGCUAAUAAUGAGAUUUAUCUAUUCUGAGUUAUAUCUGAAAAUGACAACUAAAUAAAUAAAGUAUUUAACAUCCCGUC